CUAGACCUGCCCUCGGCGCUUCUCGGAGUCCCGUUGCAGCAGCAGGAGGAAGAGGAAGGUCCCCUGAGGAAGAGCUCUCGCUGCCCCCACGUCGCCGCUUCCCGAGGGAUGGAGCCUGGCCAGGGAGGGCUGAGGUCUGCCUUCUCGCUUGCAGGAGAGUGGCGAGGGAAGAUGGAGGAGGGGAAAGCGUAUUCACCAGACGGGGUGUUCGCUCACCUGGAAAUGCUGGAGGCGCGGGCUCAUGAGGCAGCCGUGAAGCAAGAGGAAAUGGAGGAGCAAGAAGAGAAGCUGGCCAGGCUGAAAGCGAGAGUGCAGGAGCUGAGACUCCAGAGGGAUGAGCUGCGGGCUAAAGUGGACCUGCAGCAAAAGGGGCAACUUGGGAAAGAAGGAGUCGUGUCGGAUCCGGCACAGCCCAGUGCUCGGGCUGUUUUAGAGUGGAAGAUAAAAAGCGUUAAGGCCAUGCUGCAGAUCUUUUACCUCACAGGGAUCAGUGGGAAGCUGACCAAGCGGGGAGUCUGUUUCUGCAUCAGCACGGCUUACGAGGGCACCUACCUGGAUUCCUACCACCUGGACCUGCUCACCAAGGCAGAAGUGCAGAUUCACCGCCACUCCGUCCCCGUCUUCAUCCCCCUGGAGCAGAUCGCCAAGAAGUACUUGCAGACGGACAUCAGGCGCUUCUUAUCCGUCCUGUCAGACCACCUCAACGCUUACGCGGGGAGGAGGUACCAGGCAGACCAGUUACAGGACCGCUUUUCAGACCGGAUAGAAGGAACCUUGCAGAGGAACUCCUUGUGUAACUUGCUGGUCUUUAAUUACAACGUGUCAAGGAAAAGCAAGACCUUUCCAUUCAACGUGAGGCUGCUUUACGGAGAUCUCUGUUGCAGCCUCCCCACUGAAGUCACCGUUUCCUGCACACCGGACGCUCCCGCAUCUCUAGCAGAGACGGCAGCAGCUCACUCGGACCUGUUUCGCCGCGUGGCCCUGCACAAAGCCUUCCGCUCCUUCAGCAGCGCUGAAGGAAGCGUGGAUGGAGCACCGUAAGCCACCCUGGCUCUCCUCAGUAACGCGCCUCCCGGAGCUCCCGCGCCUGCGGGGAGCCAUCUCGAAACGCACGUGUUUUCCGCGGACUGCAGCACUGCUGCUGGGAACCCCACCUCCCACCCCGAGGAGCAAUUGGCCCAGUUUGAAUCGUGAGAGCAACGUCUCCGUGAGGCUUUCGGGUGUCUGUCGCUGCAGGUAAUCUUUCCCCAGCGCUGUCCUUCUUGCUUGUUCGGGUGCCGCAGAACUCCACAGUUGCAGGAAACGCCUCCUGGUCGGAAUGAGAAACUGUGUUAAAACUUCAUAGAUCGCGGUGCUUUGGGGGCAGUGCCCCGUGGAUCAGCACCGUGCACGUACCCAGUGCACCUCAAAAAGAGGGGAGCAAGCGGAAUAACCUGUGCCCUGCUUACUACAGCCGGGAAAGGACCUCUGGAAGCUGGAAGGGGUUGAGGGACAGAGGUGAGGUUUAGUUAUUGCCAGCAGCAACCCGUGCCCUCGUGUGGGCUCUGUUAAUGCCCCCCCCACAAGCACGAACACUGAACUUUCCAGAAAAUUUCACACCAGCAGUGGCUUUACGCGGGCUCUUUCCUUCCCUUCAGGCAUGGGGCAGCUUUGCUGGUGUCCCGUCGUUGUGCUUCAAGUCUGGAUCAGAUCUUUAAAAACUUGCUGUUUUGUAACGGUACUUUAAAAACUUGCUAACAAAAGUUCUACGUUACUGAAAUUGUGGUGUUUCAAAAAAAUCUGUUGAUUUCCUUUAGCCUUAUAAUGUGGUUUAGUAGAAUAGAAGGGAGUUUAAAUGACAAUAUAUAUAACGU